GUCGAACGGUUUUGUAUUUAGCAAAGAUUCGCACGAAGUGGUUCCAAAAGCAGAUUCUGAAGCCAAGAGGUCAACGUGUUACAUGGAGAUAGCUAUCGGAGGCAGGAAUGUGGGUCGUAUUGUUUUCCAAUUGUAUGAUGACAUCACACCAAAGACUGCCGAAAAUUUCCGAGUUCUGUGUUCAGGUGAAAAAGGUUUUGGGUAUAAAAGCUGCCCAUUCCAUCGGAUCAUUCCGGAAUUCAUGUGCCAAGGCGGAGAUUUCACCAAUUUCAAUGGGACUGGCGGAAAAAGUAUCUUUGGAAAGAAAUUCCCUGAUGAAAAUUUUGAUGUGAAGCACGAGAAACCUUAUCUUCUGUCUAUGGCCAAUUCGGGACCAAACACGAAUGGCAGCCAGUUUUUCAUAACUACAGCUGCAACCACGUGGCUAGAUGGCAAACAUGUUGUGUUUGGAGAGGUAGUCCAAGGUGCUGAUGUAGUGAGACAAAUGGAAUCCAUGGGCUCCAAAAGUGGCAAGCCUUCUCAAAAUGUUACAGUUCAGGAUUGUGGAGAAAUCAAAUGAACUUAUUUGCAUAAUAUUCCGAAAUAUUUGGAGUUGAUCCCCAGUUGUAAGGAUGAAAGCACAGUCUUAGGCAAUGUUUCGACUAGCUGUAAAUGGUUUCCAAAUUUGCCAGCGCUAAAUAACUUGCUUCUGUGAUUUUGAUGAGUGUUUAUGCUCUGUUUAUUGAUACCUUUGAAAAUGAUCUUUUAAGUCUUUUUAUAGAGAACAUCCUCUAUUGUCAAUAGAUAUCUUAAAAUUUAACGUCUCAAGA